AUGAUCAACCAUCAACUAUCUCAAAUGGAAGUGACGGAGGUAUUCCGAGAUGCCAUUGUCAUAGAGACAGGGUGUGAUAUAGGGCACUCUGACAUCAACACCGACUUCUCAGAUCUUGGCCUUGAUCCUCUGGCCGCCAUUAAUGUGCUCAAUAUUGUGACCAAUAGAACUGGUAUCGAGCUUCCAGCUUCCCUGUUUCGCGACUGUAAGACAUUAUCCGAUAUUGCCAAGCGUCUGGGCCAGAACCAAGGUAUCGGCGGAUCGACCUCUGCCACUGAACAGCUCUCGUCGCAAGCCGGACAACAUGUCAAAGACGUGUUUUUAGAGCUGAGCAAACAUGAAAGGCAAUUUGCAGAAGAAGCAGGCUUCGCCAAUUUUUGGACGGCAGUGUACCCUGCCGAGCGCCGGCUGGUGCUAUCCUUUGUGUACAAAACUUUCUCCGACUUGGGGUGCGCUCUUGAUAAUGUUCAGGCUGGCAAAAUAGUUCCACGUCCCCAGGGAAUUCUAGACAAGCAUCGUCGAGUAUUUGACGGUGCACUAUUCGAGAUUCUCAAGGAUGGUGGCAUCGUAAGCGAAACUGCGGCCGGCUACAUCCGUACGUCCACCCCGAUAGACACAACGCCAUCUGAAGAAAUUUACAAUGACCUCGUCCGGGAUCACCCCCUGUUCGCCAAGGUCCACGAACUUGUUCAUGUUACGGGCUCGCGGUUUGCGGAAUGCCUGAGCGGAAAGACGGACCCCAUCAAGCUCCUGUUUGGGAAACACAAGGACUUGUUGCAACAUUUCUACACCGACGCUCCCAUGUGUUUGGCAGCCUCGCUACAUCUCGCCGCGCUUAUCAAACGUGUUUACGGUCCCCGAGCGCAUGGAGACAACGGAUGCAUCGAAAUUUUGGAAGUAGGUGCCGGUAUGGGAGGGACAACGAAAUUUGUCAUCGAUGCGCUUGCUGAGGCCAACGUCCCUUUCAAAUACGUCUUCACUGAUAUAUCUUCGUCAUUUUUUGCCGCUGCAAAGCGCCGAUUUUCGAAUAUUGCACCUGGUUCCAUUGAAUGCCUCAUCCUGGAUAUUGAGAAAGAGCCCCCGGAGCCAUUGCAGCGGCGCUUUGACUUGGUCAUUUCGACCAACUGCAUCCACGCGACCAAGAGUCUGCUUACAUCGUGCUCAAAUGUGCAUGCGCUCCUGCGACCAGGAGGGUUCUUUGCCUUGAUCGAGUUCACUACUAGGUUCUAUUGGCUUGACCUUGUGUUUGGAUUACUGGAUGGGUGGUGGCUCUUUGAGGAUGGUAGAAAACACUGUACGGUUAACGGGACCUCGUGGAAGACGAACCUCCAGGCUUCGGGGUUCAGCGAUGUACUUUGGACAGAAGCAGAGGGGAUCGAGAAGCCGGAUCCGCAACUGCUCGUGGCUUAUACAGAUUAA